AUGAGAAAUGGACUCGUGUUCUCGGGGCUCGUAUUCCUGCUCGCUUCGUUGAUUCUUCUUCAUAUCCUCGUUGCGCCUUAUACUAAGGUUGAGGAGUCCUUCCAUAUCCAAGCCGUCCAUGACAUCUUGGAGCAUGGCUUCCCAAUCACCGAGCUAGGCGCCGAGCGCUCUAAUUAUGAUCACUUUGAAUUUCCUGGCGCUGUCCCUCGGACUGCCGUUGGUGCUGUGGCACUCGCCAAGAUAUCACAGCUCGUACUUGCAGUGGACAGCCGAAUCGACCGCCAGAUCCUAGCCCGAGCAAUCCUGGGUCUCUACAAUGCGUCCGCGCUAGCUACAUUUGCAUACGGGCUACGCCGCAGCUUCGGCCAGACCGUAGCAACAUGGUACCUCCUCCUCCAGGCCAGCCAGUUCCACCUAAUCUACUACGCGUCGCGGCCGUUGUCGAACAUGUUCGCCUUCGGCCUGACAACAGUAGCACUACGCUACCAGCUCCCAGACAAAGUAGACAAUUCCAAGCCGCACGCCCAAAGUGCAUACCGGCUCUCGCUAUGCCUCCUCACCAUCGCGGGCGUCAUCUUCCGCUCCGAGCUGGCGGUCCUAGUCGCAACGCAGACGCUGUACCUGCUCCUCAGCGGCCGGAUCAAACUAUUUAAAACCGCCAUUCCAGCAGGCCUAGCCGGCCUCGCCAUCGGCCUCCUCACAACCGUCUCAGUAGACUCGCUCUUCUGGCAACGCACCCCGCUCUGGCCCGAGCUCGAAGCCUUCAUCUUCAACGUCGUCCACGGCCAAUCCUCAGCCUGGGGAACAGAGCCCUGGUCCUUCUACUUUGCCAACGCUCUCCCUCGCAUCCUGCUGAACCCGCUCACCUACCUCCUCGCCAUCCCCGUUGCGCUUCGCCAGCCCGCGACUCGCAAUUCGGCGCGAGCCUUGCUUGUCCCGUCGGUGUCCUUCGCCGCGCUGUACAGUUUCCAGCCGCACAAGGAGUGGCGCUUCAUCGUCUACAUCAUCCCGGCUUUGACGGCUGCUGCUGCCCUUGGCGCGGCAUACCUGUGGACACGCCGGUCUCGGUCGUUCUUCGCGCGUAACGCCUCCCGUCUUCUGGUCCUGUCCGCUUUCGCCUCAUUCUUGUUGUCUAAUCUUGUUCUGCUGCCCGCUUCCGCUGCGAAUUAUCCCGGUGGGAAAGCGUUGGAGGCUUUGCAUGUCUACCAGGAUCGGGAGACGGGUUCUGGCGAGGAUGUCCAUGUUUACCUCGGCAACCUUGUUUGUCAAACGGGUGUGACCCGUUUCCUGCAACGGCCGAGCACUGAGCGUGGACUCUGGGUGUAUGAUAAGACUGAGGAUGAAGUCGUCAAGUCUACGGCCUCUUUCUGGGAAAAAUUUGAGUAUGUUCUAGUUGAGGCUUCUGCGGAGCCUGCAUAUAUGGAUGUGGAUGAGAUACAUCUCCGGGACGCACUGCCUGGUUCGCAGUGGGAGACUGUCGAUGUGAUCGAGGGAUUUGCGGGAAUUUCGAUCAUUAGACCCGGGGAGCCGGCUGCGGGCAGCGCUGAGCGAUGGGUUAUGUCCCUGGUUGGUGGAGAGCGUGCUGUUGAGUUGUUUGAGUAUGUUCGCGAGGCGGCGAGGAAGCUUCUACUCAAGGGCUGGUGGGUUGAGUUGAAGAUGAAGCCUAGGGUCAAGGUUUUGAGGCGAUCAAGAAGUUCUUUAGACAUUUGA